CUGACAGAUCGGAUCAGACUACAGACCAGGAUCUACUGACUCAUCUUCUAAGGAGUCUUGCUAGUCGGAAUGGUGAACAAGGGGGCAAUAACUUGUCUAACAUUUUGCGAGAACCAGAGAAUUUGUUGAGAGAAGGGGGUUCAUCUAGGGAGUCAGAGAUGGUGCCAACUUUACUCUCCAAUGGUUCUCAAGGCUCUCCAACUGAUAUAAGACAACAUCAAACUGUAUCUAUGAAUAAAAUGCAACAAGAAGUGGUGCAUGCACAUGAUGCUAGGGCUACUGAUCAGCAGCUCAUGUCUUAUAUAAAGCCCAGCAUUUCAAACACUCCUCCAGCUUACGCAGAAGCCAGAGACAGUACCGCUGGACAAAUCAAGAUGAAUAAUUUUGAUUUGAAUGACAUAUAUAUUGACUCAGACGAUGGCAUAGAAGAUCUAGAAAGAUUGCCUGGAACUACUAAUCAUGUCACUAGCUCUCUUGAUUACCCAUGGACACAACAAGAUUCCCAUCAGUCAAGUCCACCUCAGACAAGUAGAAAUUCAGAGUUUGGAUCUGCCCACUCCCCUUUUAGUUCCACUGGAGAAGCUCAGACCGUCAUCAUCCAUAUCGUAAAAAGAAGAAAGCUUUCAAAGGAAAAUCAGAGUAUGACACAACUAGUCAAGGCAUUGGCUGAGCCUGUUGAGUCCCUCUUUGAAGCAGGGGGAAAAGACACUUGGCUUUCUAUCAGAAAACUUCUUAAACGUGAGACUGAAGCUGUUGUAUCAGAAUUUUCAACUUCCAUUGCUGGUUUUGAGCUUGAUGAAGAAACAAUUGAAAGAAUGCAACAAAGCCUAAGAGACCAUGGAAGAAAAGUGGUGGAAAAUAAAGCAAGAGAAGAAGCUGGAAAGAUUCUUAUUCGCAUGAAGGAUAGAUUAUCCACAAUAUUCAAUCAUGACAAUGAUUCACUACCUAGGGUUUGGACUGGGAAGGAAGAUAUCAGAGCAAUUACAAAGGAUGCUCGCUCUGUGGCUAUCAAUGAUGGUGUUGUACAUUACCACAUUAGGUUGAAUCCCUCGCCCUUGAAUCCGCCUAAGCAACUCCAAAGCAGCUCUUGUUUCCCCAAUUUUACAUAGCCCAUUGAUCAAGGUCGCGUAACUGACUUGAUUCAACAGAAAUCCCUUUGCCAGCACGUCAUCAUGAAAUUGCAGUGCUUUGGGGACCUUGCCGUGAAGACAGAGACCUUUGAUGAGAGUAUUGAAGGUGAUGGUAUCAGGCUGAUAACCACUCUUGAGAAUUCUGGCGAGUACAGAAAAAGCGGAAUUGAUUUGACCUAGGUGGCAGUAGCAAUUGAUCAAGAUGUUCAUAGUAACAAGGCUUGGCUUGAUUCCAGUGAACUCCAUCUGGUGAGAAAGCGAGAUAGCGGUGGAGUAAUGCUUCUUGGUCUUAACAAGGGAAGUUAAAAUCUUGUUAAAUUCAACGAUGGAAGGGGUAGUAGGACACAUUCGGAGUAAGCGAUUGAAGUGUGAGACGGCAUCACCAGGAUUGUGAGAGUGAGAGUGAAAGGAAUGAAGAAAAGAGGGAUUAGGAAGAUUUUGUUAAAUGUUAAGGCUUAUAAUAAUUUGUUUUGGUCCCUGAUAUUUGUUUAUUGUGAUUUUGGUCACUGAUUUUAGAAAAAACUUUAGCUUUAGUCCCAUUGUAUAGUAUCACAAUUCACAACGUUA